AUGGCAUAUAAUUAUAUAAAGGAGUAUCGGGAAGGGAGUACAGUGUAUUUAUUUACUUUUAACAGGCCACAAAAGGUUGGUCCAGGUGAUGCAGAGAAAGGCAAGAAAAUAUUCAUGCAAAAGUGUGCCCAUUGCCAUACCUUGGAAAAGGGUGGGUCUAACAAGGUUGGGCCAAACCUUCAUGGACUGUUCGGGAGGCAGACGGGUUCAGCAAAAGGCUAUAACUACAGCCCAUCAAAUAUGUAUAAAGGUAUCAUUUGGAAUGAGCACAUGUUGUUUAUGUAUUUAGAAGAUCCAUUAAGAUUUAUACCUGGGACAAAGAUGUUUUUCAAUGGACUGAAAAAUGCCCAGGAUAGAAACGAUAUGAUAGCCUUUCUCAAGGAAGCAACUUCCUGACAGACCAGAGAAAAUAUCUUUUAUUUAUGUGCUACUUUAACUGUGUUAUACAGACUGGAGGCUGAUUUUGAUAUAUCAGCUUGGAUGCAUUGUAGACUGUAGUUCAUGUACUCAUAACUGCCUCAAGUUUGAUGUUUCCAUGCAAUAUAGUACGUGUUAAUAUUGUCAUCCGCUGGAAUAUUCUAUGGAGUCUUAACAAUAUCGCUUAACAUCUUUGAGGUUACAAGAAGUGUAAGCCAUAUUCAUCCGAGUUAAAAGGAUAUGUACUUUUAAAAAAUGCAGUAAGCAUUGGAACAAGUUAGUGUGAAAAAGGAAAACAUUUGGAGGCAUCUGUAAAAUCUCGGAUGAGGAAACCCGGAACAGGAAUGGCCCCAAUCUGCAAUGAGCAGACAUAAAUUGAAAAUAUUUGGGAAUUUUUAUUCAAAAUAUCUUGAAAUCUUUUCAAAAUCAAUAUUAUCAUGAUGUGAUAAAAAUAACUAUUUUGCUGUCACCCUUAUCAGUGGGUCACUUGGCACAAUUUCCCAAAUGGAGACCAUAUACAUGUACCUGUAUAUCUCUGUUACAUAAUUCUUAUUGUAUUUUAUUGUAUUUCCAGUUCCUCUUAUAUACAUUGUAUAUUAUGUGAUUGUAUUUGUAUUUUUUGUGUUUUGAUAUAGGGGCGGAUUGCCUCGA